AUGCCUCGACGUGAAGAAUCCCCCGCGGAGUCGGAGAACGAGUUUGAUAUCACCAGCGCCCUCUUCGAACACGACAGUGACUCCGACGAUGGCCAACAACCGCCUCAGAAGAAAAACCCAAACCAGAAACCCGUCCCCCAAGAUCUCGAUUUCCUAGGAGAGGAUGACGGCGAUGCGGCGUUUAUUGCCAACAAGCAGGCUUCGGCUAACCGGAAAGGCGCCAACCUUAAGGGUCGCACGGUGAAGAAGGGUGGUGGUUUCCAGGCAAUGGGUCUCAGUGGUUUCCUGUUGAAGGCCAUCGCCCGCAAAGGAUUCUCUGUGCCCACACCAAUUCAGCGAAAGACCAUCCCCGUGAUCAUGGAUGAUAAGGACGUGGUCGGCAUGGCCCGAACUGGUUCCGGAAAGACUGCCUCGUUCGUUAUUCCUAUGAUUGAAAAACUGAAGAGCCACAGCACUGCGUUCGGUGCACGUGCUCUUAUCAUGUCUCCAUCCCGUGAAUUGGCCUUACAGACUAUGAAGGUCGUCAAAGAGAUGGGCAAGGGCACGAAUCUGACCUCAGUGCUUAUCAUCGGUGGUGAUAGCCUGGAAGACCAGUUUGGAAUGAUGGCCAAUAACCCCGAUAUCGUGAUUGCGACACCCGGUCGAUUUUUGCAUUUGAAGGUUGAGAUGGAAAUGGAUCUGUCUAGCAUCAAGUAUGUCGUCUUCGACGAGGCUGAUAGACUGUUCGAAAUGGGUUUCGCUGCCCAAUUGACCGAGAUUUUGCACGGCCUGCCCUCUACUCGUCAAACACUGCUCUUUUCCGCUACGUUGCCCAAGUCCCUUGUUGAGUUUGCCCGCGCUGGUCUGCAGGAGCCAAGUCUGAUUCGUCUGGACACCGAGAACAAGGUUUCCCCCGACCUACAGAACGCCUUCUUCGGAGUGAAGACUUCGGACAAGGAAGGUGCCUUGCUGCACAUCUUACAUGAUAUCAUCAAAAUGCCCGUUGGCGAGACAGACAUCGGCAUGAGAAUCCGUCAAGAAGCGGAAAACCCGUCAAAGAAGCGCAAGAGAUCGGAUAUCCGUCGCCCUAGCGGCUUCAAGGAAUCUCCUACAAAGCAUUCCACUAUCGUUUUCGCCGCCACAAAGCACCACGUCGACUAUUUAUACGCUCUACUUGUUGAGGCGGGAUUCGCUACCUCCUACGCCUACGGCUCCUUGGAUCAAACCGCACGCAACCAGCACGUCCAGAACUUCCGAUCCGGCAUCUCCAACAUUCUGGUUGUUACCGAUGUGGCCGCCCGUGGUAUUGAUAUUCCGGUUCUUGCCAACGUCAUCAAUUACGAUUUCCCUUCGCAGCCCAAGAUUUUUGUUCACCGUGUUGGUCGUACUGCUCGAGCUGGUCAAAAGGGUUGGAGUUACAGUCUGGUCCGCGAUAAGGAUUGCCCUUACCUUCUGGACCUUCAGCUGUUUUUGGGACGCAGACUGGUCAUCGGCCGUCAAUAUGGAACCGAGCUCAACUAUGCCGAGGAUGUAGUCAUCGGAACACUGCCCAGAGAAGCGGUCUCUCGCUCUUGUGAGUGGGUACAAAAGGUGCUCGAUGACGAUCUGGACAUAUUUGGUCAGAAGCAAGUGUCUCAAAAGGGAGAGAAGCUCUACCUACGCACGCGCAACUCGGCAUCCGCCGAGAGUGCCAAGCGGUCCAAGGAUGUAGUUGCUUCCGAGCACUGGUCUGAGAUUCACCCGCUCUUUAACGACGCAUCCAGUGCGAUGGAAGUGGAGCGAGAAAGCAUGCUUGCGCGCAUUGGCGGCUACCGGCCACAGGAGACCAUCUUUGAAGCGAACAACCGACGAGGCGGCAAGGUCGCCGACAACGAGGCCGUGGACACGAUUCGACGACUACGCACCGGCGUUGAGAACAGGAGAAAGCGGGCAGAUGCCAAGGCAGAGGCCGAGCUUUCCGCACUUGGUAUGCCCACCGGUGAGAACGGCCAGCCCAAGUCGGAUGAUGAGGACAUUCCCGACCAGCCCGGCGAGAACAUGUCUGAGGCAUCGGACGACGAACUCGAAGUCACCUUCUCUGCCUACAACGCCAACAAGGCCAACCACGGAGAGAAGAAAGAGCCGGCUGCAGCAUUCCAAAACCCUGACUACUUCAUGGGCUACAAGCCCCAGAACAACGACACGGCUGAGGAUAAGGCUUACGGUGUGCACUCCGGUACAAACUCGAACUUUGCGUCCGACUCUCGCAACGCGACCAUGGAUCUGAACGGCGACGAAGGCAAGCGUGGCUUCGGUGAAGCACGUUCCAUCAUGCGUUGGGACAAGCGCCACAAGAAGUACGUUGCUCGCCAGAACGACGAGGAUGGAUCCAAGGGCGACCGACUCGUCCGCGGUGAGAGUGGAGCCAAGAUCGCUGCCAGUUUCCGCAGCGGUCGCUUCCAGGCAUGGAAGAAGGGCAAGCGCGUUGAGCGCAUGCCCCGUGUUGGUGAGACUGAGACACCUGCUAUGAACAACGUCAACUCCCGCAUGGCGACUGGCCGGUUCCGACACAACCAGGACCGCGCUCCCAAGCGCGCCGAUCCUCUGCGUGGCGACUACGACAAGAUGAAGAAGAAGAAUGAUGCCGCCCGUGAGCGCCAGCACGACAAGAUAGGAGGUGCAGCAUACGGUGGCAAGAGUGAGCUGCGGUCUACGGACGAUAUUCGCAAGGCGCGGAAACAGCAGCAACAGCGUCGCGACAAGAACGCGCGGCCGACCAAGAAGAGACGGUGA